AUGCAUGAACCGGAAGAGAUUUUAGCUGCCAUUUCCGCUCAACCUACAAUCAUUGAAGAGAUUAGAGAGAAACAAUUGCAAGAUGAAUUUCUGAAAAAUAUUGUAAAUGAAAUUGACUCAAAACUGAAACCGGGAUUUGUGAUUGAAAAUGGUGUGCUGAAAUUCCAUAAUAAACUUUGUGUACCAGAUUGUUCAGAUUUGAGAAAACGAGUUAUGGAUAAGGCUGACAAUUCAAAGUUUGCUAUGCAUCUAGGAAAUACAAAGGUGUACCACGAUUUAAAACAGAAUUUCUGGUGGCCUAGAAUGAAGAAAAGCAUUGCUAAGAUUGUGGCUAGAUACUUGCAUUGCCAACAACUUAAAGUUGUACAUCAAUGA